UGUCCAGUUCACUUCCAUGAGUAAGCCCACUGCCGUCAUAUUAUGUUGGGAACGGUUGAAAUUGAUCGGAUUCAAAAAUAGGCAGCCGUUCUAAUCCAGACCAGCUCAUCCAGCGGACUAGUUUUGAAUUCGGCUUUGAUCAGUCAGAUCAGUGUAACGGGUUAUGCUUGUGAGCUUGUGUAAUUCUACAUUUCCGCUGUUUGAACGAAGAGUAGAAUAGGUAGUGCGCGAUGUGCUAAACAACCUCGACCAAUGUGGAUUAUAGCCGGUGUUUUAGAGGCUCUGCAGGAUGAAGACCUUUGGCAAGACAGAGUACAAACCCGCCAUGGACGAUGAAUAUGCCGAUGACUACUACGAUACCAUCUCAGUCAACUCCUCGGUGCCGAACAGAAGAAGUGUUUCUUAUGGACGCAGACCGUUCAAUCGUUCGCAAAGUCAAAAUACCGUAUAUUAUUCCCUGAUGAAUCUGGAUGGUGCCGAAACGUUCGAGAUGAACGGGAGGUGGGAGGGGAAGAACAGAGAUGGGGGACAGGAGGCCACAACGUAUGAGAAAUGGAGGAAUUCGAAAUGGAACUCAUUUUCAACAGGCGAAUCCGUGGACUACGUGUUGGCCUACGAAGACAUCACAAAAGCUGGUCAUGCGCACUUCGAAGAAAAAAGAAAAAUGUUUGAAUUCAACCUACAACAAGCCGGUCUUCUUCUGGAAAGAGAUGAAACCCAGACAAUCCACUUCGUUAAAAUUCAUGCACCAAAAGCUGUUUUAUGUCAAUAUGCUGAGCUUUUGAAAUUGAGGUUACCAAUUAAACUAAAUGAUAAUGAACGUAUCACAAAUGUAUUGACGAAGACUCUGAACAAAAUUCUGGAUUAUUGUUCUAUUAAACUGGAUAAAACAAUUUUUCCUGCUGAACAAUACAAGCUCACUUUCGAAUAUAGCAGAGAUAAGGAUUAUUUGUUCGAUUCAAGUGCUAAAGAUUUCUUCAAAACUUCAACUAGGAUAAUGAUCAUCGACUAUAUUUUAGAGAGAGAAAAGUACGGAGAAGAUGUGAAUAGCAACGGAAUAAAAAAAUUAUUGUCAGAUGGCGUAUACAAAGCAGCCUAUCCCCUUCAUGAUGGUGAUCUCAACAGGGAGAACUCCAAGAGAAAACUAUUACUAGAUCAUUGGGCUUCAGUAUCACAAUGGAUCAAGUACCAACCUAUAGAUGAAAUAAAAGAGUAUUUUGGAGUUAAAGUCGCUCUCUACUUCACAUGGCUCGGUUUUUAUACCCAUAUGUUGAUACCGGCAGCUAUGGUAGGCCUGCUAUGCUUCUUGUUCGGCAUAUUUUCAUUAUACCAAGACGCUGUGGUAGACGAUAUAUGCAAUAUGGACAUCAUCAUGUGCCCCAGAUGCGAUAAAUACUGUGAUUAUUGGAAGCUAAGCGAGAGCUGUACCUAUGCCAAAGUUCAGCACUUCAUAGAUAAUCCAGCUACAAUAUUUUUCGCUGUUUUUAUGUCGUUUUGGGCCACCCUCUACAUGGAGUUAUGGAAAAGAUAUAGUGCAGGCAUAGCUCAUCGAUGGGGAUUGACAGGUUUCGAUAUUUUGGCUGAACCACCAAGACCUGAAUACCUGAUGAAGCUUGCCAACGUUAAAAAAAGAAAACUUAAUGUGGUCACUUUGGUAGAAGAACCAGCAGUUUCUUACUGGAAAGUCAAACUACCAUCAAUGAUCUUCAGUUUCUCUAUUGUUCUGUUGUGGAUAUUGUUGACCCUUAGUGUUGUUUUCGGCAUCAUAAUAUACAGGAUGUCCCUGAUGACAUCAGAAGUCAUUUAUUCCUAUAGCAUCAAAUAUACAAUUUAUACUGUACCAGUUAUUGCAGCUGUAUUGAAUUUGAUAUGUAUACAAAUACUAAGUUUUUUAUAUGAUAAACUUGCACACAAAUUGACAGAGAUGGAAAUUCACAGGACACAAACUGAAUACGAUGAUAGUCACACGUUGAAGAGUUACUUGUUCCAGUUUGUGAAUUAUUACUCUUCAAUUUUUUACAUUGCGUUCUUGAAAGGGAAGUUUGUGGGUUAUCCAGCGAAAUACAACAGGAUAUUUGGAUACAGGCAAGAAGAGUGUAAUCCUGGAGGAUGUUUGAUGGAACUCAGCAUCCAGCUUGGAAUCAUCAUGAUUGGCAACCAAGCCAUGAAUAGCUUAGUAGAAAUGACCGUUCCCAUACUUGUCAAAAUGUACAAGACUUUCAAAGUCAGCACUGGCAUUGAAAGAGCGGAAAAGGAAAAACACCAGGUUAUAAUUUGCUGUAAUCAAUGGACUGAAGAUUACAAACUGAACGACUUCGACGAAACUUGUUUGUUUCAAGAAUAUCUCGAAAUGGUGUUGCAGUAUGGAUUUGUAACAAUUUUUGUGACUGCAUUUCCUUUGGCGCCCUUGUUUGCCCUUGUCAACAACGUGUUUGAGAUGAGGCUAGAUGCGAAGAAGUUCAUCCAGUACUACCGUCGACCAGUACCAACGAGAGUGAAGAACAUAGGAGUAUGGUACCAAAUAAUGACCACAAUUGGUCGAAUAUCUGUGAUUUCAAACGCCUUCAUUCUAGCAUUUUCUUCUAACUUUAUACCCAAACUAGUCUACGCAAUGAAACUUAGCGAGGAUCACAGUGAAAACGGUUUUUUGAACCACAGCUUGGCAGUUUUUGACGUUAGAGAUUUCGAAAAUGGCACAGCUCCCGAAAGGAGUGCCUUCUCGAAUAUCACAACUUGUAGAUAUGCUGAAUACAGGACAGGACCUAAUGAUGAUCCGAGGUACAAGAGACCUCUUAUCUACUGGCAAGUGAUGGUAGCCAGAUUAGCUUUCAUUGUGGCGUAUCAAAAUUUAGUGAGCUUUGUGAUCAUGGCUGUGGAAUGGGCCAUACCAGAUGUGCCUAGAAGAUUGAAUGACCAAAUAAAGAAGGAAGCUUACAGGACCAACGAGAUGAUUCUUCAGUAUGAAUCUCAGCAGGCUAAGGAAAGAGUGAGAAGAAGAUUCGUUGAUGGACCAAGUAAUUCCCAAGAUCUUUCUUCUGCUACCGACUCUAGGAAAACUCCAAGCAAUAGAAGCAGUGGCGUAUUUUAUGAUGCUGUUGCGUGAUACAAUUAAAACUGAAAUUCGAUACCCAAAUACCAAAAGAGGACAGUGAAAUGUACAAGAAAAGAAAAACCAUAAAAUCUAACUGCCCUUAUGAACAUUAUCGAAUACUUGCCUAAGUCUGAUAAAUAAUAAAAUAACAAAUUAUUUUACUUAUGCCAAAAUUUUAAUUCGAAUCUCGGAAAAAUUCGAAAAAAAGCAAGAGAAAUAAUUUUAUCCAGUUAUUAAUAAUUGUUGUAUUUCUUCAAACGAAUAAACAUUCUCAGGUUAUUACGUUUAAAGAUACCUUCAUAAGAAUUAAUUUCGUUUAAUAUUAAUGAAUUUUAAUAAUUCCCAUCUUUCGAAAUAUACAACUUUUCUCAUUGAACAAUUUUUAAUCACUCCUUGCGGAUGUUGUUUAUACAUGCAUGAGGGAAUUUAUCAUAAUUGACCACAUGAAAAUUCCAAGUCAGCUCAUCACUUACUUUUUUUUUAACAAUUAUCGCUUUUUUCUGAAUUGUAUGUUUUUAUUACAUAUUUUCAUUUUUAUACCCUUGUGAUAUUUUGUUUUGUUUGACCAGAACUAUGCACUUGUUGUGAAUUUUACUUGAGAUGUGUGCUGUAUAGUUUUAUAUUUAUAAAAGAUGAAAAGCCUACUUACUAUUUUCGAAUAAAUUAUUCUAUUAUAA